AUGGAUCGAGAUGCAGAAACAUUUGAUGAAGCAAUUCAAAAACUAUUGACAGAUGAAUUGAUUUCUGUUGAUCGUUACUGUGUCGGUGGUGGUGACAGAGUGCAAAAGACAUAUUGGAAAGUUCCCAUUCCAAAUUCAUCACCAGAACGUGAACAAUUUGUUAAAAAGUUAAAUGAAAGAAAAAUUGCAAUUGUAUGUUAUGAACAACGACAUAAACAUGCAAAAAUGGCACCGGGACUUUAUUUCGGAUCAAUUGGAAUUGAGUUCUUCAAAACAUGUGCAGUGCUUGUAUCCGAAUACGCGAAAUACCAAGAAGAAAUAAAAGGUCUUAUUCAAGUACAAUCGAAGAAUCAAAAUAUUGUUGAGACUGUUGGUGCUGACGGAGUUACUCCACCUCAAGAAGAGUCAACAAUAAAAAAACGAAUACGUACAAAUAGAAAUCAUGAUCUAGAUGAUCACGGUGAUAUGAAUGAAAAGAUGGACGUGGACAACGUUCAACAACAACAAUAUCAAUACACAGUUGGUGUGUCAGAACAGGAGAGAAUAUUAAUAAAUUUAUCUCGUAAAAUCAAACUCAAUCAUUUGGCAUGUGCAAUGAAAUUAUCAGAUAUUUUACCAAAUGGAUUAGAUAAAAAAUUGUAUCAUAUUGUGCAAAUAUUGAUUGUAUUUAUCCUAGAUGGACACCAAAAAGCUAAUCGUCUCGUGUGUGAAUACAGAAACAUUUAUGACCAUAUAAUUCCUGAAUUCGAGCCUACUGGCGUUCAAAUUGGUUGCCCGUAUACACCAGUCAGAAAAACCAUAUACAAUCAUUUAGCUGUUGAUCCAAAUUAUUGUGAACAACAUCAGGCUCACAGUGAAGAACUGAAAAAAAUGUUCAAAAAGCAACAAGGAGUGACAGCGUCACAUGUACCACAGUUAACAUCAACAAUGAAAGAUGUAAAACCACCAACAAAAUCAGCAACAACAGGUGUAAGAACACGAUCGAAAGCAAGUUCUUGA